CUUCUUUGCCUGUUUACCUGUUACAGAAACAACUACGAUGAAGCGAUCAGAGUAGAUUUUGGGAAGCCAGAUUGUUUUAUCCAUCCGUCUAUGUGUCCUAGCGACCGUAGGACUGGUAGCAGGCGGUGUGUUGGCAGGGCCGUCCUGGCGUUUGAGUCACACUUAUGAAGGGGCAGCCCCCGUUGUCGCCGAGGAGGGGGGCGGAUCUUAGAGGGGUUGUUAGCUAACAUGGCGGUGGUGACAGCUGCGGCGAGAGUCCUGGGAUCAAGUAGAGGCCUGGGCCAGGAUGGCCUACUGCUCUUGCGGCGGCUUGGGGUUCGGGGGCUGGCUAUAUCUGAGAAUAUGGAUCACCUUCAUCGGUACCUGUUCAACAUCUGUCUUGCCUGCUGCAUCUCUUAGGUCCCCAGAUCUCAGCACAGGGCUUGGAACGAAGCAGCACCCCCAGAGGCAGCAGCAGCGCUUCUCGUCCUUGGAUGACAAGCCCCAGUUCCCAGGGGCCUCAGCGGAGUUUAUAGACAAGCUAGAGUUCAUCCAGCCUAAUGUCAUCUCUGGGAUCCCCAUCUACCGCGUCAUGGACCGGCAGGGCCAGAUCAUCAACCCCAGCGAGGACCCCAAUCUGCCCCAGGAGAAGGUGCUCAAGUUCUACAAGAGCAUGACACUGCUCAACACCAUGGACCGCAUCCUCUACGAGUCCCAGCGGCAGGGCCGGAUCUCCUUCUACAUGACCAACUAUGGCGAGGAGGGGACACACGUGGGGAGUGCAGCAGCCCUGGACAACACGGACCUGGUGUUUGGCCAGUACCGGGAGGCAGGUGUGCUGAUGUAUCGGGACUACCCCCUGGAACUGUUCAUGGCCCAGUGCUACGGCAACGUGAGUGACCUGGGCAAGGGGCGCCAGAUGCCCGUCCACUAUGGCUGCAAGGAGCGCCACUUUGUCACCAUCUCCUCUCCACUGGCCACGCAGAUCCCUCAGGGUGAGGAUGCACACCCUGGGCCUGCGGUGGGGGCGGCCUACGCGGCCAAGCGGGCCAAUGCCAACAGGGUCGUCAUCUGUUACUUUGGUGAGGGGGCGGCCAGUGAGGGAGAUGCCCACGCCGGCUUCAACUUCGCCGCCACCCUCGAGUGCCCCAUCAUCUUCUUCUGCCGGAACAACGGCUAUGCCAUCUCCACACCCACUUCUGAGCAGUACCGCGGGGAUGGCAUCGCGGCUCGAGGCCCCGGGUAUGGCAUCAUGUCAAUCCGCGUGGACGGCAAUGAUGUGUUUGCUGUGUACAACGCCACCAAGGAGGCCCGGCGGCGUGCCGUGGCAGAGAACCAGCCCUUCCUCAUUGAGGCCAUGACCUACAGGAUCGGGCACCAUAGCACCAGUGACGAUAGCUCAGCGUACCGCUCUGUGGACGAGGUCAAUUACUGGGACAAGCAGGACCACCCCAUCUCGCGGCUGAGGCACUACCUGCAGAGCCGUGGCUGGUGGGAUGAUGAGCAGGAGAAGGACUGGAGGAAGCAGUCUCGUAAGAAGGUGAUGGAGGCCUUUGAGCAGGCUGAGCGGAAGCCGAAGCCCAACUUCAGCCUGCUCUUCUCAGAUGUGUAUCAGGAGAUGCCCGCCCAGCUCCGCAAGCAGCAGGAGUCCCUGGCCCGUCACCUCCAGACCUAUGGCGAGCACUACCCCCUGGACCACUUCGAGAAGUGAGGCUUGGGGCUGGCCCGGUGGUGCAGCGGUUAAGUUCGCACGUUCCGCUUUGGCGGCCUGGGGUUUGCCGGUUCGGAUCCCUGGUGUGGACGUAUGCGCUGCUUGUUAAGCCAUGCUGUGGCAGGCAUCCAACAUAUAAAGUAGAAGAAGAUGGGCAUGGAUGUUAGCUCAGGACCAGUCUUCCUCAGCAAAAAAGAGGAGGAUUGGCGGCAGAUGUUAGCUCAGGGCUAAUCUUCCUCAAAAAGAAAAAAAAAAAAAAGAGAAGUGAGGCCUGCUCACCUACCCCCACCCACCUCAGCUAUGCUGAGAGGAAGUCCCAUGCUGAGUGGUGGAGGGAGCUGACACAAUGCAAGCCCCUUCUCCAGCCAGCUCCCUCCAAAAUACUCAGGGGCCAGGGCAGUGCCUGAGACAGUAACAGGGAGUGGGUCCUGCUCACUGUCCCUGCUCCUCCAAGCUGUUACAUUGGGGCGGGGGCUCUGUCAGCCCCCUCUUCAUCUGUUGUUACAGUGCCUUCUCCCCGGGGCUGGGUGAGGACGCCUCCAGGACUGGAAGCCCACCCGGGCUGGGGGUGGGUGUGGCAGGUCAGCCUGUGGAACUUCCUCAGAGUGAGAGGCGGUCAGCAGGUAGUGAAUAAACUGUCUCUGCAUUUG